AUGAACAGCAUCACACGGUCAUCGACGGCGUAUUCGAAGGUCUUCCUCGGCGUUAUCCUUGCAACUGGCGUUGGCACAAUAGUCAUUCAAUGGAUCUACCGUCCCUUCAAAUCUACUAAACGCAAACCGGAUCAUCCGCGAGGCACUUCGACUCGACCUGCUGGACACUCAUCGGAUUAUCCUCAUGUCGCUCACAAGGUUACUGAUUUCAUCGGAAACACACCGUUGUUGCGGAUUAAUUGUUUGAGCGAUAGCACGGGUGUUGAGAUUUGGGCUAAAUGCGAGUUUCUUAAUCCAGGAGGCUCGAUAAAAGAUCGGAUCGCAUUACAAAUCAUACGAGAGGCGGAGAAGAAGGGGACGAUUGUCCCUUAUGCUUCGCCUCGCUGUAGGGUGUUUGAAGGGACCAGUGGCAGUACCGGGAUCAGUCUGGCCUUGGUCGCGCGCGCUUUGGGAUAUGAAGCUGAAAUCGUCCUGCCUGAUGAUACGGCUGUCGAGAAAUCUCAAUUGAUUGAGAAUAUGGGCGCGACGAUCGUCAAAGUGAGACCAGUGAGUAUCUCGAACCGAUCGCAUUACGUGAAUGUGGCUCGAGAUCGGGCCCAGAGGUUCAUCGAAGAAGGCGGAAAGGGACUUUUUGUAGACCAAUUCGAGAACCAAAUGAACUGGCUAACCCAUUAUCAAACAACAGGGCCAGAGAUAUGGCAACAAAGUCGCGGGAAAGUGGAUUACUUUGUGGCGGGUGCCGGGACGGGAGGGACGAUUGCGGGGGUCGGGAGGUUCCUGAAAUCGGUGGCCUCGGAUGUUCAGCUCAUCUUGGCCGAUCCUCCUGGCUCGGGAUUAUUCAACAAAGUGAAACAUGGGGUGAUGUUUUCGAAGACCGAGAUCGAAGGUAAAAGACGCCGCCAUCAGAUCGAUACGGUGGUCGAGGGGAUCGGGUCGAAUCGAUUGACCGGAAAUCUGGCCCAAAUCAUCGAUCUCGUGGAUGAUGCAAUCAGUGUGACGGAUGAAGAAGCGAUCGAGCUCUCCCGCCUGAUCUUGAAAAACGAAGGCUUGUUCAUCGGCUCUUCGUCCGCCGUCAACCUGGUAGCCAGUCACAAGCUAGCCCAACAGAUCAAGCUCGGGCGAGAAGAUCAACAGCAGAGCAAUGGCGAGCGGACAAGGAUCGUGACGAUCUUGUGUGAUUCGGGACAACGACAUCUGUCCAAGUUUUGGAACGAUCAGUUCUUGGUCCAGCAUGGGUUUCUUAAUAAACCUUCUUCUUCUUCUGAAUCUGAAUCUGAAUCUGUUUCUCCUUUUUGA